GGAAACCUGUAAAACAUCAGGACCACAUGCUGUCAACCUGUGGACACUGGAGGACCAUAUAGGACCAAGGACAGUGUCCAACCUGACGCCCUCAAAGCUCCAUGCAAACAUGCAUUUCUAUAUUAUUGGACUUUAUCUAAGACAGGGUUUUGUAAAAGGUCUGAGAGGAGAAUUAAUUUGUGGUUGACCCCUGGGCAGGUCACAUGUCUCUCAAACAUGACAGGAGACAGUGAGUCAAAAUGUAGUUUUAUUAUUCGAGCUUAUGUCUUAGUCACAUGAUGGAUAUUCCUCAUAAAGUUGUAUUUAGUUGCUGUUUCUGCAGCGGAGGACUGUUGAUCUGGACCUGAUGGAACUCUGAGAUGGCCCAACGGUGCACCUACAGCAGCGUCCAGAUCCCGGACCCUUACCGGCCCGGCGUCUGGACCACCUGCAUCAGGAUCACCAGUCCAACCUCCCUGAUCGGCUCCUCAUCCGGGCCCCCACCUGACUACGACCCUGGCAGCAGGGUUACAGUCACUCCAACCAGGAGCACGGCGGGUCGUCGCUUCACCUGGCGGGCUUUCCUCAUCCAGGACCCCAACCGGCCCGGCGGCCCCCGGAUCAUCCUCCGUAGGACCCCAGCCUCAAAACCCAAGACUGGCUCCUCAACUCUCUGUGACCCUGGGUCUUCUGCUACGUCUCCUCCUUCCUCUUCUCACUCCUCUUGUAUCUUCUCCUCUCCCUCUUCUUCAAGCUCCUCCUCUAGCUCCUCUUCUAGCUCUUCCUCUAAAUCCUCUUCUAGUUCUUCCUCUUCUAGCUCCUCCUCUAGCUCCUCCUUCAGCUCCUCUUCUAGUUCCUCUUCUUCAAGCUCCUCCUCUAGCUCCUCCUUCAGCUCCUCUUCUAGUUCCUCUUCUUCAAGCUCCUCCUCUAGCUCCUCCUUCAGCUCCUCUUCUAGUUCCUCUUCUUCAAGCUCAUCCUCUUCCUCUUCCCGUAGCAUCCCCCCAACUUCCCCCCAAAGACGACACAAGAGAAGCUCCUCUGAUCCACCUCAGGGACCAAGUGAGUCUUCAAGGCUUAGUCCCCCUAAACCACCUCAGGGACCAGGUGAGUGUUUCAAGGUAAGUCCCAGUGAGCGUCGGGGGCAACCUGAGUGGAGAAACCAGUUAAACAGCUGGUGGUGCAACAGGGGCACUGAACCUCAAGGUAAGGUAAAGCACCAGGACCAAGGUGGGCCUUCAAAGGUAAGUCCACCUAAAUCACCUCAGGGACCUGGUGGACCUGUAAAGGUAAGUCCCAGUGAUGGUCGGCCGUUGUGGGACCUUCCUGAGCCGGAGUGGGCGAGGGACAUGAGGCUCUAUCUGGAGUGGAGGAACCAGUUCGACAGCUGGUGGUGCAACAGGGGCACUGAACCUCCAGUUGUUUUAGAUUUCAGGACGUUGCUGUGGUGAGAAAGGUCUCCUUGUCGCUGCACUGAGACUCAGCAGGGUGUCUGCACACAGAGAGUGGGCUGGGGGGGAUAGCGUGAACCUCCAACGUGUUUCGACCCCCCAGUGAAGCUCCUCUGUGCAGAGAACUAAUAGGAUGGCCACACCAUGUCAGGAGGGUCCACAUGUCUGUCGCUGCCCACCCCAGUCUGACAAGAGUCCUCAGUGACAAGGAGAGGAGACAAGAGGAGAGGAGGUGGAGGGUGAGUAUGAACCCUUAUAUAGAAAAGGGAGAGGAGAGGAGGUGGAGGGCUAAUGUGAACCUCCUCUUUAAAUAG